AUGGAAGAUGAAGACCAUGAUCAACAACGAGUAAUGCUUAUGGUUCACGAUCUUAAGCCUCCAUUUUUGGACGGUAAUAGCUAUACGACACAAAUGAGUCAAAUUCAAGUCGUCAAAGAUCCUCUCUCAGAUAUGGCCAUUCUCGCUAAAAAAGGCUCUGCCGUGGUAAAAGAGCUCAGAGAAAGGAAUGAAAGACAAAGAACCAAACAAAAGGAAGAUGCUGAAAACGAUAGGCUUAAAAAACUUUUGAAAAACAAGAAAAAGAGAAGGAGGAUUCGGGAUAAAAAUGAACGAUGACGGAUAAGCCGAUACAAAGACGGCGCGAAAUUCUCAUCUUUAAGUGGAAAAAGAGUAGCUGCAACAGAUUUUUCUAGAAACAAGACCUUAAAGCAACAAAGAUAGAUGCUUCCUGUCUAUUAAGUUCGUGAUGAAAUCAGAAAAAUUAUCAGGGAAAAUAAGGUAGUGAUUAUUGUCGGUGAGACAGGAAGUGGCAAGACAACCCAAAUGACACAGUAUCUGCUUGAGGGGUAUGGAAAGACAGGCAUUAUUGGAUGUACUCAACCCAGAAGAGUGGCAGCCGUCUCAGUCGCAAAGAGAGUCUCAUAAGAAAUGAACAGUUAGCUUGGAAGUAUCGUUGGCUACUCCAUUCGUUUUGAGGACUGUACAUCCAACCAAACGGUAAUAAAAUAUAUGACUGAUGGUGUCUUGCUGAGAGAAAGUUUGAAUGAUGAUUAGCUAGAAAUGUAUAGUGCUAUUAUCAUGGACGAGGCUCACGAGAGAAGUUUGAAUACUGGUUUAUUCGGUAUUCUCAAGAAAGUUGCACAAAAGAGAAGGGACAUCAAGAUUAUUAUCACCUCAGCCACCAUGAACGCCUAAAAAUUCUCUGCUUUCUUCGGAAAUGCCCCUAUUUUCGAAAUUCCAGGACGUAUCUUCCCUGUGCAAAUAUUUCUAAAAGGCAGCAGUACCGACUACGUGGACGCAGCAGUGAAGAAAGCAGUUGCUAUCCAUCUUCAGCAGCCACCUGGUGACAUCCUUAUUUUCAUGACUGGUCAAGAAGACAUUGAGUGCACCUGCAGACUGAUCCAAGAUAAGCUAGAUACUCUUUAAAACGCACCUAAACUCCUUAUUCUGCCGAUCUAUUCACAGCUACGUUCUGAAGAACAAGCAAAAAUUUUCGAAAGUUCAUAAUUGAGGAAGUGCAUCGUGGCCACUAACAUUGCAGAGACUUCUCUCACACUCGAUGGAGUAAAGUAUGUGAUUGAUACAGGAUUCUGCAAGCUGAAAGUGUAUAACCCAAGAAUAGGUAUGGAUGCUCUUCAAAUCACUCCCAUUUCUCAAGCCAAUGCUAACCAGAGAGCAGGUAGAGCAGGAAGAACGGGUCCCGGACAUUGCUAUAGGCUUUACUCAGCCCACAUCUUCAGAGAAGAUCUUUUGAAAAAUAUCCCUGAAAUACAGAGAACCAACUUAUGUAAUGUGGUUACUGCUGAAAAGUUGAACAUUGACAACUUGCUCUAGUUUGAUUUCAUGGAUCCUCCUCCUCAAGAUACUAUCCUAAGUUCUAUGUAUCAGUUGUGGGUUGGGGCUCUUGAUAACCUUGGUCAUCUCACUCCUCUUGGCAGGAAAAUGGCUGAAUUCCCUGUUGAUCCACUUUCCAAGAUGAUCAUAGUCUCUAAUGACUUGGAGUGCCUCAGCGAAGUCAUCACCAUCGUGUCUAUGCUCUCAGUUCCAAGCAUCUUUUACAAGCCAAAGGACCAGCUUCAAUAGGCAUAAUCAGCAAGAGAAAAGUUAUUGAUCCCCGAAAGCGACCAUCUCACAUAUUUGAACAUUUAUGAGCAAUGGAAGAAGCACAACUUCAGUGCAUAGUGGUGUCGGGAUCAUUUCCUGCAAUUUAAAUCCCUGAAAAAGGUGGGAGAAGUUAGAUCUCAGCUGAUGGAUAUUGCUAAAGAGCUCGGUUUUAAGAUGACAAGCUGCUAGUACAACUACGAUAUGGUCCGAAAGGCCGUCUGUUCUGGCUACUUCAUUAAUGCAGCCAAAGUGAAAGGUAUCGGAGAUUACGUUAACAUGCGUACAGGUGUUCCUUGUAGGCUGCAUAUGAGUAGCGCUCUUCUAUGCCUUGGUCACAUCCCCUAGUAUGUUGUGUAUCACGAGUUGGUGAUGACAUCAAGAUAGUACAUGAAUUGUGUGACCAUGGUGGAUCCUCAUUGGCUGGCAGAAAUGGGUCCUAUGUUCUUCAGUAUUAAAACAGACCUCAACAAAUCCAAGGCUGAUAUUGAUAAGUAA